AUGAUGGGCAAGGGGAACAGUCCUCACCUCUGGGACCCUGCCCAGGUCCCUCUCAAGCGCUGGAAGCAGAGAUGCAAUCCUGGGUUGGGCAGACCGAUGCACCGUCUGAUGUCCACACGGCUGUGUGAUGCUGUGUCCCCGCAGAAGGCGCCAGGACCUUCCACAAUUAUACCACGUCCUCUGACUGGCCUUCUACAAGGAUGUCCAAAGGUGUCACCGGUGCAUCCAGUUCCUACAUUUUCCCCGACUGACCCUGCUCAUGAGACGCCUUUGUUUGACACGGUGGGUAAAGCGGGGCUCUGUGCGUGUGGCCUGCAGUGGCCGUGCGUAGCACUCCACAGAGACUGUUCAGUAGCAAGAGACCGGAACAUUGUGACUUGGAACUUUGGGGGGUAG